UAUGCGUAAAAGAUUGAACUUGAACGAAACAAUUGAUAAAGUUCAGUACCAACAAUUCAAGAAAGAAAGAGAUUACUGGAAAGUAGUCCUUUUGAGAAUCAUUGCAGUAGUGAAGUUUCUUGCUAAACAUAAUUUAGCAUUUCGUGGAUCCAAUGAAAAGUUGUAUAAAAAAGGUAAUGAGAAUUUUUUGGGUGUCAUUGAAAUGUUGGAAGAGUUUGACCCGGUUAUCAAAGAGCAUGUACGGCGGAUCACAAGUGACGGGCUUCAUGUGCAUUAUCUUGGCCACACGAUCCAAAAUGAACUAAUACUUUUGAUAGCUCAAGAAAUUAAAAAAGAACUUAUCAAGAGGAUAAAGGAAGCAAAGUACUACUCAAUUAUACUGGAUUGUACUCCCGAUUCAAGUCACCAAGAACAGAUGACUAUAAUAGUGAUGCAUUUAAAGUUAUAUAAUGUUGUUACUGUUGAAGAGUCAUUUUUAGGUUUUUUGAAUGUUGAUGAUACCACUGGAAAAGGAUUAUUUGAUAUUACAUUUAAGGAGUUAAAGUCUCUUGGUCUUGAAAUUGAUGAUAUGCGUGGUCAAGGCUAGG